UGGAUUGAGGAGGAUGAAUAUUCUGUGAUAAAGUUUUGGGAGUUUAAAGAUUUGCUCAUAAUUUCAUGUGAAAAAAAUGGUUGGUCUCCAAAGGCAAGAUCGUUCAGCAAUGAAACUGAAGAUUCAAUAUCUGUUGUUUUUGAAAAAAAAUAUUAUUUCUUUGGUGUUUUUGAUGGACAUGGAGUAAACGGAUUAGUAAAUGGAAAGGAUGGAAAGCAGCACCUUUCAAAGAUAUGUUCUGUGCAACUACCAAAAAAUAUUGCCAAACAUUUAUCAAGCAAUUCUAAAAACGAAAAUAUCAUAAAUGCUAUAAAUAAAGGAUUUAAAGAAACGGAACAAUAUAUGAAAUCAAAUCUUGUUAAAGAAUCACGGGAUGCCGGAUGCACAGCACUAAUAGCAGUAUUAGCACCUACAAAAGAGUUAUUUAUUGCAAAUUUAGGAGAUUCGCCUGGUUUUAUUUCAUCAAAUAAAGUGUUUUCUGUUCAAAUUACAAAAGAACAUGAUGUACAUAAUAAAGAUGAAAUUUUAAGGUUAAGACAACAAAAAAGGGAAAAAGAUGGUGUAGGUUUUUCAAUUUAUAGAUUGGCUCCUGGAAGAAGGGAAAAAUCUUGGGCAUUGGAUAAUACAUUUAGUCGUGGAAUGCAGUAUACACGUUCAUUCGGAGAUUUUUAUAUUAAAGAAAAGGGACCAAAAACUGAACCAGAAAUUACAGAAAAAUUUAAUACAAAAGAAUUAAAUCUACUUGUUCUUUGCUCUGAUGGUAUUACAAAUCGUCUUAGAGCAUAUAGAAGAAUGCCAACACAAGUGUUAUUAAGUUAUAUUAAACAACACAUAAAUUCGGCAGAUCCACUAACGGCAGCUUGUAAUGAAUUAGUCAGACUUUGUGAUUUAGUUUCUCAAUCAGGAUUUUGUAUUGAUGAUAUGUCAAUUUUAGUAAUAGUAUUUUUAAAUGGUAAAACAUUAAAAAAAUGGUGUGAAGAUGCAACUAAACAUGCUGAAAAUCCUGAAGAUUGGUUGCAAUAUAAACCAAAGGAUGAUGAUGAUAUUUCGGACAUUUCUGAAGAAGAUUUGGGUGAAGUUGAAUCUCCAAAAAGCAAUACUAGUAAUUUUGAUAUUUAUGAUACUUCAAAUCAGUAUUCUAUUGAAGAGGCUGAAGAAUUUGCUGAUAUGACUAUUCCUGACAUUUAA